AUGGCCUCAGGCCAGAAUCCUUGGGACGGUUACCAACCCUUACCCUCCUUACCCUCAACCUCGUCCUCCGGAUCCAAUGGCACUAAUGGAGGAGACAACAGUGGAGCUUCUGAAUCAAUGCAGAUUCAGAAAAGAUUCUUUGUCUCGUCCGUGAAUAUACCCUUCAUAUACAACGGACCACCGCCUUCGAAUGACAGCGGCUCAAGUUCUCAGGCAGCUGCUCAGGCUUUUGGAAGCACGCGCCAAGAGACGUCUGCUAGACCAGCUCUUACCAUUGCUACCCCAGUUACAAUCACGAGCUCACAGCCAACAACAGUAGUACGGACCACCGCAGAUCAGAGAGAGUAUCUCGAGUCGAUCUUCAAGAAAAAACCAAGACCAGAGACGGAUGAAAUCUUAGAGAUUGCAGCCAGGUUGUCAUUAACCGUAACAAAGGCGCUCCAAAGCGAAGAAGGAAGCGACAGAGGAUCCGCUGCAGAUACCUCCUUCCCAUACUAUACCUCUUCACGCCACCUCGUCGGUAGCAAUCGCUCCGCAGGUACAAAGCUACCCUUCGCGGAGCGAGCCAACACGGAACGAGCCAACACGGAGCGAACCCUCAAGGAACGAGCCAAGACGGAGCGAGCCCUCAAGAAACGAGCCAACACGGAGCGAGCCCUCAAGGAACGAGCCAUCACGGAGCGAGCCCUCAAAGAACGAGCCUACGCGGAAUGUCGCGCCAACUUUUGCCUCCAGCGCGUCAACAAGGUGAGACAGAUUAUGACGACCUCUCAAAUCAGGAGCAGUUUAUUUCCCAUGCUGAGAGGCGGGUCUAUUGCCCACAAAGAACAUGUCCCUGAACUUGCAAAGCUUGUGCUCAUGGCAGGAGACUCACUUGGGCGCAAGUAUAUCAUCAAUUCACUUAGUUACACAAAGGACCAAAAAGUUCAUGAUGAGUUUGCAAAGACUGAAGGACUGGCUAGGAUUGUUGAAUGGAUCAAGGAGGGCAGGACAGAGAUUGAUAACAUGGAGGACCCAUACGAUGGCGAGCAGCAACCAAAGGAGGUUGUGCAUAUUGUUACGAAUGCGAUCAAGACCUUGAAACGUGCGCCUCCAGAAUAUCGUCAUUCGGACUAUACGCGUGUUAUGAAGUUGCUCGCGAACGACAUAGCGUACCCUAAAGAGAUCGUCGAAGCGGCAUCGGAACUACUUGCGGAGUGGAGCAGGACGGGGGAUCGGCACGGUUCUCGGCCGGGGUCGAGUCAAUUGCUGGUCGAUGGCCGUAAGCGAGCCAAGUUGGAUGUAGGGCCCAGUGCAGGCGCCUCCGAGCCCCUCUCACAAUUACCCAACUUUGUCAAAAAGUCGACUCUUUCAGCAGCCUCAAACAGGAACACAACAACCUCCUCUUCCACGUUCUCUUCUACCACUUCCUCCUCUUCCGCUCACGCACCCUCAUCAUCGUCAGUACCCACCGCCAAGGGAGGUCCAGCCAGUCUACGCACCGAUAAAGGUUCCAAACCGCUCUCAGUACUGACAGGAAGGAACCUCCCAUCCAAGCCCACUAACAAGCCUACAUCGCCCAUUUCCUCCAAGACUGCCUCUUCACCCCGUCAACCGCACUCCCCUCGAGGUCCCCUCCAGUCGCCUCGAGCAACGAGCUCUCCCCGGACGGCCCAGGGCGCGUCAUCCUCAUCGAAUUCAGACGUUGUCUUGGGGCGGCAGCAGGAUUUCUUUUCGAGUAUCUCGGUGCCUUUGAAUGUUACCCCGACAGCGUCUACUGUACCGUCUUCAGCACCAACCACUCCCACAGCCCCAACAACUCCGACUGCCAAUACAAGCACAGCUACAACCGCAACCACAACCUCAUCCUCAGGCACGACCACAGGGGUAGCUAUUACGCCAGCCGGCGCAAGGUCUCACAUCGUCGCCCCGUCAGGUAGAUUGAUUCCGUCUGCACUAAUCCUGAGGCCCGAUAACAGGAGGAAGAAAGCCGUUCGCUUCAGAGCAGGUGACGAUAUUAAGGAGGUUCGAUUCUUUGAGUCUCACCCGGACGAGCACCGCCACGAAGAGUAUGGUCGCGAUGACGAGAAUGAUGGUAGACGGGACGACGACCGAAGUGACCGAGAUGACCUGGGGGAUGACCGACGGGAUGACUGGGAUGGCUGGGAUAACCGAGAGAACUGGGGUGGCUAUUAUGAUGAGGAGGAUGAGAGAAGGAGGAGGAUGGAGUAUGAAGUCGACAGGGACCGGCAUUAUCAGGAUGAUCGCGACCACGGUCGCCAUAGUGAUGGCCGCGGGUACGAUCAAGGGCGAGGGUUUGAUCAAGGGUAUGACAAUGGGUAUCCGGAGGGGUACGAGCAUGGACGCGCGUAUAGCGACGAGUAUGCAUACGAGCGCGGAUACGAGCGCGACCACGGCGAUCGCCGUUACGAUCUUGGGUACGAGCGUGGACGUCAUGAAUAUGGGCACCAAGAUGAGCACGGUCAUGAGUACAGGCAAGAACAGGAGCAGCACCACCAACAGCAACAACGUCAGCAUCAAUACUCAGAGCAAUCGUACCUAGAGCCAACCCCAGAGCCAGUAGCACACGCCGACGAACCAUCCAUGCCAGCCGUGCCAGCAGUCCCGACCUUCCAGUUUCCCGAGGAAGAGACUGAAAAUCUCGUCCGAGGCCAGCUCUGGAGACCUCCACAGAAACUCAUGAUUGAGCAUCCUGAGGACAAGCGUCGCGUGGAGCCGGCGACAUUCGGCGAAGAAAGUAAAGAAAAAAUGGUUCAAGCUGCGAGGGAGGCAAAGAUGCCGGUUGUUGAAUAUCCGGAUUUGGCGUCUGUCCCAUAUUCGCCUGCCGAACCUGAUGACGAGGACGAGGAUAUGGAGCAGGUCGAUCCGAGACCCAAGCGCAAGAUCGAGUUGUAUGAGCUUUCGGCCCCGAUUCAUACAAUAGCACUGCCAAUGCUGUCGAUGCUUCUCCAAGCCAUCCAAGCAAGGCGCAAAGAGAUGGAAAGCUGA